GUGACGCAGAAGCGACGUCGUCGUGAUCUCUAUAUUACCAAAACUAAUGCUUUGCUUUCUUUGAUUAAACCCUUGAUGCAAUCUCUUCGGCCAGAGCUAUGGCAACAAAUCUCGUACAACACCUGAACGCCUCGGUCAACGCGCCGAUCCCAAGCCUUCCCGCCACCGUCGACGGCGAGGAUCGGAGGUUGUCCAGCUCAGACUGCCAUGGUCUCUGGUACGACGCCGUUCUCGUCGUCCCUUCCGUCGUUUUCUUGGUCUACUUGGCCUUCCACGCCAAGAAGAACCUCAAGAAGCUCUCUAAUGGCAGCUCUUAUAUCAUGAUUUCCUAUUAUGCCCUCGUCUGGGUCGCCGCCCUCCUCAACCUCGCCUGGUGCGCUCUUCAGGGUUGGCAAUGCUCUGGUGGAAAGGCGGUGGCUUGGAAUCUGUUGACUUUGUUCACAGCUUCUGCAAUGAUGUGUUUGGAGAUUAGCUUGGUGGCUUUUUUGCUCCAGGACAAUUACUCAAGUGGAGUUGAAGCUCUAGCUCAGACUUCCCUUUUCUCAGGGAUCGUUGUGAGCGUGGAUACACUGCUCAAGGCAAUCUAUGUAUUCGGAUUUGGGGUCCCUCUCUUCAUGGUUGGUGUUGGAGGUACGACUGGAGUGAAAUGGGGCCUAUGGUUCUUCCACAAAUCAUUGCUUACUGCAGUCUAUGGCUUCAUAUUGUUUGUGCAUUUCUCCAAAUGGAGAGAAAAGCUUCCGCCCAGACCAGCCUUCUACAACUACAUUGUCGUGAUGUUUGUAUUUGGUGCUGUGACAAUGUUUGCUUGUGGGCUUGCUGGAAUCGGGGCUGGUUUUGGCAUUUGGUUGUACAAUUUGACAGAAAUAUGUUACCACGCUCUCUAUCUUCCUUUCCUAUAUGUAACCUUCCUGGCAGAUUUUUUCCAGGAAGAACAAUUUCUUCUGGAUAAUGCAUAUUACUCUGAGAUGAAGGAUGCAGGGUUCUUCGAUGCUGAUUGGGAUUAGUCUCUCGGUAACUUGUAGCCAUCUGGCCCUGCUUUGUAUACCUUGUAAAUAAGAUACAAUGUGUAUUUCAAGGGUAAAUUAGCGCACGAAACAAAAACCAUACUCGUUGGGUGAUAAUUGUAAAUGCAACUUUGUUGAGUAGUGAGAGCCAAUCUAAUUGACUAAUUCUGUAGC